CUUUGUCAAAUUCAAACAGAAACCCUAGCGAUUCCAAUCUCCGCCGAACUCAUCUGCUUUCUAUCGUCUUCUUGGAUCGAAAUCGGCUUCUCUGCUUGUAGCCUGGUUGGGAUCAUCGUCUUAUAAAUGUCGAAAAUGAUGUUGAGAUCGAGCGGGAAACCGCCACUUGCUGCUGCAAGAUCUCCGAUUCGGCUUCGUUCUCGGAGUAAACCUCCUCAGCCCCCCGCCGCCAGUAGCGCUGUUCGCUCCCCGCUUGGGUCAUUCUCCUACUCCAAGGUGUCUAACCACACAAGAGACACUGGGAAAUCCGAGCUUCGACCAGAGUAUCAUAGCAUAACCUGUGAACUAGAGGAACUGGCUAAUAUGGUGUACAAGGAACUCGGGUCCAGAAAUGGUGCCAUAUACGAUGGUGAGAUUCCUGGUGUUCAAACAGGCUCAAUAUUUGAGAGGGGCAGGUUCUACGAGGAAUAUUCUGCUAGAAGAAACGAGAGGCUGAGGAGAAAGAAGAGCGAAUCAGAGUUUGGAUACGAGAAGAAACCUGCUUAUGAUCUCGGCGUUAGAGUCGAGUCAGCCAUGAAAAGAGAGGCUAGCAAGUACAGCAGCCGGGGGAAGAUGACGGCAGUGGCUGCUGCUGCCACGCCAGAGAGGGCUGCCCCGACGCCGAGGUACUCAUUGAGGAGCAGCAGCAUGAGGAAGGAGAACAAGAAGCCGCUGCUGCCACCGAUGAAUAUAGCUGAGAAAUCUGUUGGAGUUACACAGAGGAAAGGUAGUGUUAGAAGGGUGAGGAAAAUCUAGUUGCCAAUUUCUUGUGUGCCUUUGUUUCUUGGUGGGAUUUGCAGAUUAGAUGAUGAUGAUGAUGGUAAUUAAAGAAUCAAACUUCUUAAGUAAUAUUUGCAGGGUUGGGGUUGGGUUGGGGUUGGGGUUGGGGUGGAGGUUGUAUUUGUUAUGUGCCCUUGUUUAUGCUGAAAACGAGGGAAGAUAGAUUGUUUUUCAUAAGUUUGUUUUUCGAUAUAUAUGUUUGUUAUCCUUCCUAUCUGUAUGUAUGUGUUGCUCGUUUAGGUUAGAUAAUCAUUAUAUUAUUGAGAAGGGCAGCGAUUGCAAUUUUCACCUUGGAUAAAUAGUGGAUUGGAACCUUUGGAAAAAUGAGCAU